AUGGCUUCUCAUUGCCCUCCGCUUGAUGUGUUGGUGGUUCCAUCCGAAGAUUAUCAUCAGAGUGAGCAUCACAAUAGCUCAGCGAUCAAUGGAAGCUCAUGCGAAUGGGAGAAGAUCCGCCAGUGGAUGUCUAGAUAUACGAUAAUCUACCAAAAGAGUCAUCCAUUGGCGUUGAUCCGUGGUGUAUUUCGGUGGACAUGGCACAGAAGUGGGAGCUUCUGUUUAUUGAAGGAUUUGAGAGAGAAGCUCGCACAGGAAAAAUCUCGUGGAAUCAUGAUAACAGCUCUUGAUGAGGUUGCCUGGCUUUACAACAUUCAUGGGAAUGAUGUGUCGUACUGUCCAGUUGUUCACACAUUUGCAAUUGUGACAUUGACCUCGGCUUUCUUUUAUGUGGAUAGAAUGAAGUUAACUCUUGCAGUCAGCUCAUAUAUGAAGGAAAAUGGAAUUGAGACACGAGAAUAUGAUGAUGUCAUUUCUGAGGUUGGCCUACAUGCAUCUGAUAAAUUAACGCCCUCUUCGAAUGCACAAGAUGGAAAUGGUAAUGACCAGCUGAUUUGGGUGGAUCCUGGGAGCUGUUGUUUUGCUUUCUACUCAAAACUUAAGGCAGAGAAGGUUCUCUUGCAACAGUCACCUUUGGCUCUAGCCAAAGCUUUAAAGAACGAUGUUGAGAUGGAUGGGCUUAAAAGGCGCAUAUUCGUGAUGGGGCAGCGGUUGUGCAGUAUCUUGCAUGGUUGGAUAAACAGGUGCAAGAACUAUAUGGUGCUUCAGUUUCAAGCAUCCAAAGAGCAUUUCAGAGGAUUGAGCUUCCCAACUAUUUCAUUAGUUGGUCCUAAUGGUGCAAUUAUUCACUAUUCUCCUGACACUGAAAGUUGUGCAGAGCUUGACCCUGAUAGUAUCUAUCUCUUUGACUCAGGAGCACAAUAUUUGGAUGGAACAACAGAUAUAACAAGGACGGUUCACUUUGGAAACCCGACAUCACAUGAGAAACUAUGUUAUACUGCCGUUCUUAAGGGUCAUAUUGCAUUGGGUAAUGCUACAUUUCUAGUUGGAACCAAUGAAUUUAGUCUCGAUAUUCUUGCUCAGUUGCCUUUGUGGAAAUAUGGGCUUGAUUAUAGGCAUGGAACUGGUCAUGGAAUUGGGACCACGACAAUUAGUUUUAGGCCAUCAGCACGUAGUGUACCAUCGCAAGCUUCAAUGACGGUAACAGAUGAACCUGGAUAUUACGAGGAUGAAAAUUUUGGUCUAAGACUGGAAAAUGUCCUCAUCAUCAAGGACGCUAAUACGGAGUUCAAUUUCGGUGGGAAGGGGUUCCAAGGCAGAGCACUCAUUUUCACUGUGGAUGAUCAAGGAAAACCUACUGAGAUUGAGGAUGAGUUCGUUGCUAUUGGUUUCGAUGAGAAUGAGGUCAUGGAUAUUAUGAAUUUGACUUGA